UUUUAAAGAAAUGAAACAAUGAGCUUGAGCAGUGUAUUCGGUUAAUUACAGAGUGUCAAGUGCAUAUUAGUUCCACUAUCAUCCCCGGGGAUUUGGCUAUAAAUAAUGAACAAUAUCCUGUUUAUAGUCAUAUGACGAUAUUAUGAUGACGAUAUUAUGAUAAGACUUGAUGUAUUACAUGAUCGAAAGGUCAAGAUAAUUCGAGAAAGAAAGAGAUUUAGAAAAUGUAAUUACGCUCACGGUUUAUCCACACCAUAAUGAAAUUAUUUGCGAUUAUCACAUGUGUUAGCUUCUUCUUUGAUAAAUCUUUAAGUUCAGCAGACUGUAGAGACGACAUCGACUCGAAGCGUUUCGACUGUUACCCAGAAAAUGGCGCCUCUCAAGAGGAAUGCGAAAUUCGCGGCUGUUGUUGGAAAGUUGCUACAAACAAAAGACAUGAAGUCACUGUUCCGCUUAAUGUUCCAUACUGUUUUUAUCCAAAGAACUUUGGAUACAGGAUAGUGAAUGAACAAGAAACGGCAACAGGAAUAUUGCUUGAUCUUCAAAUGCAACAACCAGGACCAUAUGGUGUUGAUGUCGAGAAUCUUAGAGUUAAUGUUGAUUUUGAAACGGAAUACCGUGUGCGUGUAAAGAUUUACGAUCCCAACGAAAAGCGUUACGAAGUUCCCAUUGAAACCCCAAAGGUGGCAAAGAAAAGUUCAAAGCAAAAUUAUUUGAUCAGUUUCACCAAAUAUCCAUUUGGUUUUUCUGUCACUAGAAAAUCAACUGGACGUGUUUUAUUCAAUUCUACAGCAGGAGGGAUGAUUUUUGAAGACCAGUUCCUACAAAUUUCUAGUUUCCUACCAUCAACGAAUAUUUACGGUUUGGGGGAGCAUGUCGACAGUUUUAGACUAAAUGUAACUUGGCAGAAAUUGGUAAUGUUUGCUCGUGAUGGUGGUACUCCAUUUGGAGGAAUCAAUCUUUAUGGAACUCAUCCAUUCUAUGUGAAUAUAGAACCAGAUGGAAAUGCUAAUGGCGUAUUUUUACUUAACAGCAAUGCAAUGGAAGUUAUCUUGCAGCCAACACCUGCCAUUACAUAUCGUACAAUAGGUGGUAUUUUGGACUUUUACAUAUUUCUUGGUCCGGAACCUGAUUUAGUUGUUCAGCAAUACACGGAAGUCAUAGGUCGACCAUUUAUGCCACCGUACUGGUCCCUAGGUUUUCAUCUCUGUCGAUGGGGUUAUAUGACGUCAAAUAGAACUCAGGCCAUUGUAAAUAAGAUGCGUCAAUAUGGAAUUCCUCAAGAUGUGCAGUGGAAUGACAUUGACUACAUGGAUAGUCACUUUGAUUUUACUGUUGAUUCAAAAUACGGAGGUCUUCCAGAACUUGUCGACGAUCUUCACAAACACAAUCAGCAUUAUAUUCCUAUCACAGACCCUGGAAUUCCAAAUUCAGAUCCAAAUUAUGCUCCAUAUGUAGAUGGUCUUAAAAUCGGGCUUUUGUUGAAGCCCGACAAAGAUGAACCUUUAGUGGGCAAGGUAUGGCCUGGCAAUACUGUCUUCCCUGAUUUCUUUAACCCUGACACAAUAGGGUAUUGGCAAGAUCAAUUACAAAAAUUUCAUCGUAAGGUUAGUUUUGAUGGUCUUUGGAUUGAUAUGAACGAACCGUCAAACUUUGUGGACGGUUCUACAACUGGUUGUGAAGAUUCAAAAUAUGAAAGUCCACCUUACGUACCUGGAAUCAUGGGAGGUUUUCUGACUUCUAAGACAAUAUGUAUGGGAGCUAGACAUUCUAAUGGUAUUCAUUAUAAUCUUCACAGUUUAUAUGGACAUUCUGAGCUAAUUGCCACCUCUAGAGCUAUUCAAAAUAUCUUGAGGAAAAGAACUUUGGUGAUCUCACGAUCUACUUACCCCAGCAGUGGAAAAUAUGGAGGUCAUUGGUUGGGAGAUAAUAAAAGUCUGUGGCCUGAUAUGGGUUAUUCUAUAUCUGGCAUUCUAGACUUCAAUUUGUUUGGAAUUCCAAUGGUUGGAGCAGAUAUAUGUGGAUUCAACGGAAAUACUCAGGUAGAGUUGUGUAAACGAUGGUUAGAACUUGGCGCGUUUUAUCCUUUUUCAAGGAAUCACAACACGAAAGGAACGAUUGCUCAAGAUCCGGUUUCACUUGGUGAUGAUGUUGCAGCAAUAGCUCGAAAGACAUUUUUAAUUCGAUAUAGUCUCUUACCAUAUCUUUAUACACUGUUUUAUAAAGCUCACGUUUUUGGAAGUACUGUUGCCCGUUCUCUUGUAUUUGAAUUUCCGAAAGAUCCAAAUACUUAUUCUAUUCAAGCUCAAUUUCUCUGGGGAUCAGCAUUAUUGAUCUCUCCUGUCCUCACUGAAGGUUCUACGCAAGUGGAAGCAUACUUCCCUGCAGAUGUGUGGUAUGAUUUCUAUACUGGGGAGACAGUAUCUAAAACAGGACAGUAUAUCACUUUAGAUGCUCCUAUUGAUAAGAUCAAUUUACACAUAAGAGGUGGCUUUAUACUUCCUAUGCAGGAACCAUCAACGACAACAGCAGAAAGCCGUCGAAAUAAUUUUUAUAUCAUUGUCGCUUUAAGUUCGAGUGGAUCUGCAAUUGGUGAUUUAUAUCUUGAUGAUGGUGAAAGUCUCGAUCCAAAGGAAACUUUAAUGGUACAAUUCUCCGUGCAGUCACAUGUUCUGACGUCAUCUCCAUCUUUUGCUGGCUACACUCCUUCAGCUAAAGUGGCCAAUAUAACAGUUCUUGGUGUUAAUUCUUCAUAUAUAAGUCAAGUGUUGGUAAAUGGCGAUCGUACUCCUUUUCAAUUUGAUAACUCGUCUAAAAUUCUUCGUAUUUCAUCACUGAAUCUAAGUUUUGUUCAAAAGUUUUCGAUCUCUUGGUCUUAGAAGUUAAUGAUGAAAAUUAUUCUUAUUAUUUGUCUAUGAUAACAUAGGUUUUAUAAUGGAAAAGUAUUGAUUUAUGUAUUUGUAAAGGUUGCUUGAUCUGUCGGCAUGACUAUUUUUACAUUUAUAUUUAAUAUUUGCAGUGAACCUAUGAGUUAAGUUCAAAAAUUUCUUCAUUCAAAUUGUUUUAUUCUGCUUGUGUAAAAACUGACCAGGUUUAUAAGGUUUCGUUUCGUUAAAAUGAAAUAUCAAUAUCACUACGUUUGAUCCA